UGUGGUGGGUUGUCGCGCUCGAGCGGCUGUGGGAUGGUGCAGUACAAAUAUAGGGAAUGUGUUCCGAACUUUAGCACUGAUUGACUGCACCAUUAGCAACCAAAGUAAUGUAGAACAUGCGUGAUCUCGACGAAGGUCGUCACUACACACGAGACUUAGCAUCGCGUUUUAGUUCACAGCUCGGGGUGUGGCGUGGGGAGCGACCAACAAUCAAUAAUCAGUGACUGCGUUGAGUUUGUUCAAUACUACAAUUGUUCCGGUGGUUCAGCGGUAUAUCACGGAAGCCGACAGCCGGGCACGGCCGGCAGCCAGCCGCGGCCGCAGCAGCGGCGACAUGGCCUCGUGGACGGAGCGCAUCCACCGGCGCGCCGCCACCCUCGGCACCGUGGUCACCGCCUGCCGCCUGCCGCUCGGCCCCUACCCGCGCCGGCUCGAGAAGGUGAAGUUCGGCUUCCCACUAGAACAAGUAUGCAAGAGCAACAUACCUGGGCCGCUUCUGGUGCUCAUCUUGAAGCUGAACAAGGAGGCACCGUUCCGGAAGGACGUGUUCCGGGCGCCCGGUCACCAGAACAACAUCAAGAAGCUUGUCCACUUCCUGCAGAACGGACGGCUGGUUAACCUCGACAGCUUUAGUAUACACACGAUCGCCUCCGUGCUGAAAAAGUUCCUGCGGAUGAUCCCCGAGGGCAUCUUUGGCCUGGAGAACGAGCACCGCCUGUUUGAGAUCGUCCAGCUGGACGACCCUGAGGCUCAGCGCGAGCGCACGCACCGGCUGAUCCUGUCGCUGCCGCCUCACACGCAGCACCUACUGGUGCUGCUGUUCGGCACGUUCCGCGUGAUCGCCACGCACGCCGAGCGCGCGCGCACCGGCAUGACGUCAGAGGCGCUGGGUGUCAGUGCGGCGCCCUCCUUCUUCCAAAGCUGCGUCACCGGCCGUGACGCGCGCCACGAAGACGUACUCCGCUUCAAGGAGGAAGUGAAUGUGGCCAUGCGUGUCAUGAAGUUCCUGAUCGACAACUUCGGCGUAAGCGACCUGUUCGGCCGCGCCAACUACGAGUACUACGCGCGCAUCACGGGCCGCGUGCUGCGUGUGGAGCGCGACUGGAUCUUCAGCUUUCGCUACCCGCCCGACUGCGGUGUACCGCCUCUGUCGACGCAGGGCGCCUGUCGCUCCUCGCCGGCGCGGCUCCACCUGGAGAGCGGCGCCAGCCCGGCGGCCGAGCGCGCCGGCCCGCUCGCCGUGCCCGAGAACACGCUCGGCUCCAGCUGCCCCCGGCUCAGCGUCAGCCUCGAGGAGAACGCCCUCUUCCAGCUGGAGGGCGUGGCCGCAGUCGGCGGCGGCGGCGGCGCCCCACUGGACGCCGAGACGAGCGGCUCGGACGGCGACCGGGUGCAGAGCGGGCUCUCCAACAGCUCCUGUCUGCCGAUGGUGCACGAGCGGCAGACAGAGCGCAUGCGCACCAGGACCGAGUGGUUUCUGACGCCGGUCGACCUGUACGGUCCCGCUGGCGAUGGCGUCACACCGACGGCCGGUGAUGACGUCAUGUCGACGGCCGGUGGGCGGACGUCCGUGGUCGCGCGCACUCUCUGCGUCUCAUCGGGCGACGGCGACCGGCGCCUGGUGCGGCGCUCUUCCAGCAAGGACAAGGAGUGGCGGCUGGUGCGCCGCUCGGCCAGCAUGGAGCGCCGCCUGGUGCGUCGCUCCUCCAGCAAGGAGCAGGAGCGGCGUGUCAUGUUUUCCGUACUCGCCGAGCCCGGCGCGCGCGCGCUCUUCAGCAUGCGCGUCCAGCCGGGGCUUGUGUCGGAGUGUCGCACGCUGCACGUGUUGUAA